CACACGUCCAGCAUGGCGGACGAGAUGUAGAUCAAAAUACUUCCUGUAUUUUAAUCUGUGAAAUGUUGCAAUCGUUUACAUUUAUCAAUAACUUCAGGAUUUUAAAACGAUCUCAUAAUCUCUUUAAAAGAAUCUCACCUGCUUAUAAUUUUCACUUGAAUCAAAUAAGGACAAUUUUCUACACAAAUAGUAAAGAAUCCUCCAGUAGAAAGAAUUUGUGUCUAGGAAAGAAGCAGCUUUUAGGAAGAGAAAUGGCGAGCGAUGGGAAAUAUCUCGAUGCUCACAUCAUUGCCGUCUGUCAAAUGACAUCCAAGAAUGAUGUACACGCUAAUUUUAGGACUUGUAAAGAUUUGAUUGAGAGAGCAAAAGCAAGAAGAGCAAAGAUGGUAUUUUUACCAGAAGCAUAUGAUUACCUGGGUGAGACUAAACAAGAGUCACUGGCCAUGGCUCAAAGCAUCAAAGGGCCAAGAAUGAAGGAGAUGUGUCAGUUAGCCAAGGAAAAUGAUAUUUGGUUAUCAUUGGGUGGGUUCCAUAACAAGAGCACAGACGAUGAAAACCGUAUAUCUAACACUCACGUGAUAGUAGACAACAAUGGUGAAAUCGUCUCCACAUAUGAUAAAGCUCACUUGUUUGAUGUUGACAUAAAAGAUGGCCCCAAACUGAAAGAAAGUGCUAACUGCAUUCCUGGGAAUGAGAUAGUUCCUCCUGUCACUACCCCUGUGGGGAAAGUUGGAAUGGCAAUUUGUUAUGACCUUCGAUUUCCUGAGAUGGCAUUGUCUCUUGCUAAACAAGGCGCUGACAUUCUUACUUUUCCAUCUGCAUUUACGUUCACAACAGGCACUGCUCAUUGGGAGGUUCUUUUACGAAGCAGAGCAAUAGAAACGCAAUGCUAUGUUGUUGCUGCUGCACAAAUAGGACAAACUACAAGCAAAAGAAAGUGCUAUGGACAUGCUAUGGUUGUGGAUCCAUGGGGUACUGUGAUAGCACAGUGUCACGAAGAAACAGGUCUCUGUGUUGCUGAAAUACAUCACCAGUAUAUCAAACAAGUCCGUGAACAGAUGCCGGUGUGGUCGCACCGUAGAACCGACCUGUACGGUGAUCUUAAACCAAACCUAUAAGGAGAAAAACUCCUACACUAUUCGACCAAUAGAAACAAGGAGCUUAUUAUAACCGACCUAUGAUGAAUAUACUAUAUAUAUGCUAUGUAUGAUGUCCGACCGAUAGAACCAACCCCAAAAUAGAGACAUCCUGAAAAUUAAUUUUUAAGCGUAAAUUAACCAGCGAAAAUAAUUUUUAAAUAUAAUAUUCCUUCGGUAACUGCGUCACUUUUAACUAUCAAAAUAAAAUUUAUGUCUGUCAAACGAAACCCGUUGUAAAAAUUUAGAAAUAUUAUUAGAAAGAUAUAUAUGUUCCAAUUUCAUAAUUCAAGACACUCCAAGAUAUUUUAAUCUUUAUUGUGCAUAAUGAAAAUUUUUCAAAUUUUCAAAUUUACACCUUUAUCCAGGGGUCGUUAUUGAAGUUGGUUUUUGUACAACAGCUAUCUCGGGUUCCAAGCAUUUAUCUUCAAUCAUUGUGAAUCCAUUCGCAUCACAGUGCACUGUGGUACACUUAUCAUCACAGAAUUGACUAGAUAAAUCUUGCCCUUGUAGAUACAGCCACGAGAUAAUGUUUUCCCUUGGUUCUGGUUUAAGGUGGCCAGAAUAACAAAGAGGACGAUGUAAAGCCUCAUGUUUGAUUAUGAAAACUCUGAGUUUAAUGAAAAAAUAAGAGAAAAAUCCGUGAGAGAACAGUCAUUGUAAACAGCGUAUACCUACAAUAAGGAUUUCUCUCGUCCUUUUCAUGUUCAUCGAUUUAAAAACUCAUCUGCUAGUGUGUUUGUCAUGAUUACUAUUAUUUUUUAUCUUUAUUGAUUAAAUAAAUAACUAACCGAA